AUGAUUAAUUAAUCAACGGAAAUUGAAUACUUUCAAGAAAAAGAACUCACUGUCUCUAGAUGGCAAUUAGAAGAUGAAGACAAAGAAAAUCGAACCAAGAAUCUUAUUUAACCUCAAGAAACUAAAUCUACUCUCUACAAGAUUUAGGUAGAAUAUCCAGAUUAUAAUUCACAAACUCCAUCAAGUAGUAAAUCAAAGGAGUUAAAAAGAAUGAUUGAAAGCAAUUUCAGAAGAAGACCAAAAAAGUCAAGUGAUGCUUGGGAAGAAAUCUUGCAUAAAUGCAAUAACAUUAAAAAAGGAUGA